AUGGUGUCUAAAGUGACUGUCACCAGCGCCCGCAGGGCAACGAGGACGACGUGGCUGCUGGUGCUCGUGAGUCUGUCUGUGAGCAUCUGUGUUUGCAGAGCAUCUUCACCUCAGGAGGAGGAGGACAGUGCCAUGGAGAACAUCGUUACGGAGAAAAAAGCCGAGGAGAGCCACCGGCAGGACAGCGUGGACCUGCUCAUCUUCAUCAUGCUCCUCACCCUCACCAUCCUGACCAUCUGGUUGUUUAAGCACCGGCGAUUUAGGUUCCUGCACGAAACUGGACUGGCGAUGAUUUAUGGCGUUCUCGUCGGCGUGGUCCUGCGCUACGGCAUCCACGUUCCGCGGGACAUCAGCAACGUGACGAUGAGCUGCCACGUUAACGCCAGCCCCGCCACCCUGCUGGUCAACGUCAGCGGCAAGUUCUACGAGUACACUCUGAAAGGAGAGAUCGGCGCCAACGAGGUCAACGACAUACAAGACAACGAGAUGCUGCGGAAGGUGACGUUUGACCCCGAAGUGUUCUUCAACAUUCUCCUCCCACCGAUCAUCUUCCACGCCGGCUACAGCUUGAAGAGGAGACACUUCUUCCGUAACAUGGGUUCCAUCCUGGCUUAUGCCUUCAUGGGGACAGUGGUCUCCUGCUUCGUUAUCGGGCUGCUGAUGUACGGCUGUGUGUUGCUAAUGAAGCAGGUGGGACAGCUGGCCGAAGACUUCUUCUUCACGGACUGUCUGUUCUUUGGGGCCAUCGUCUCGGCCACGGACCCCGUGACGGUCCUGGCCAUCUUCAACGAGCUGCACGUGGACGUGGAUCUGUACGCUCUGCUGUUCGGAGAGAGCGUGCUCAACGACGCGGUGGCCCUGGUCCUGUCCUCGUCUAUAGUAGCCUACCAGCCACAAGGGGACAACAGCCACACGUUUGAGGUCACGGCGGUGCUGAAGUCUUUCGGGAUGUUCCUCGGGGUUUUCAGCGGCUCCUUCGCUCUGGGAGUGGCCACCGGGGUCGUCACCGCUCUCGUGACCAAGUUCACCAAGCUGAGGGACUUCCCGCUGCUGGAGACGGCUCUGUUCUUCCUCAUGUCGUGGAGCACGUUCCUGCUGGCUGAAGCCUGUGGCUUCACAGGUGUGGUCGCUGUGCUGUUCUGUGGCAUCACUCAGGCUCAUUACACCUUCAACAACCUGUCUCCUGAUUCCCAAGACAGGACCAAACAGCUGUUUGAGCUGCUAAAUUUCCUGGCAGAGAACUUCAUUUUCUCCUACAUGGGUCUGACCCUCUUCACCUUCCAGAGCCACGUCUUUAAUCCCAUGUUCAUCGUUGGAGCGUUUCUGGCAGUGUUCCUGGGAAGAGCAGCGAACAUCUACCCUCUCUCGUUCCUUCUUAACUUUGGACGACGCAACAAGAUCAAAUCCAACUUCCAGCACAUGAUGAUGUUCGCCGGACUGCGAGGCGCGAUGACCUUUGCCCUGUCCAUCAGGGACACGGCGACGUACGCCCGUCAGAUGAUGUUUUCCACCACCCUGCUGGUGGUCUUCUUCACAGUUUGGGUUUGUGGGGGCGGCACCACCCAGAUGUUGUCCUGCCAGAAUAUUCGCGUGGGAGUGGACUCUGAUCAAGAUAACUCUGUCAGUAUCACCGAUGGCUCAGAGAGAAGAAGCACCAAACACGAAAGUGCCUGGCUUUUCAGAAUUUGGUACAACUUUGACCACAACUACCUGAAGCCCAUCCUGACUCACAGCGGCCCCCCUCUCACGGCCACGCUGCCACCCUGCUGCGCCCCCUUCGCCCGCUUCCUCACCAGCCCCCAGGCCUACGAGAACGAGUGCCAGUUGAAGGACGACGACUCCGACCUCAUCCUGACGGACGGCGACAUCAACCUGGCCUACGGCGACAUCACCGUCAGCACGGACGCGUCGGGCUCCCACGCCAGCGGCGGCGCGGCCGGCGGCGGCGGCGCCUCCGACGACCCGGACCGAGAGUUGACGUACGGCGACAACGAGCUGGUGAUGAGGGGCACGCGCCUGGUGCUGCCCAUGGACGACUCCGACCCGCCCUUCACCGACCCCCACCACCGCUUGAGGAUGUGAAGACGGUCUUUCGAAAAACCGCCGUCCGACUCUGACCGACCCGUCGAGCGAGCGACCAGUACCUGACACUCCCUCUUUUGCUCCUCCUCCUUUUUCCCCCCUUUUACUCUUGCCUCACUCCUCUCCUCCUCCACACACAUUUGCUCUCCUUCGCUCACUUGCUCUAGUGGCACGUCACCGUCUCUACCUCAUUCUCGCUCUGCUCGUCUCCACCUCUCGCCAUAACUGUAAUAUAGUCUUUAUUUAUUUGCGGCGUUUUAUUGCUUGAAAUUUAAUAUCACGUUGUCCUCGUUUCGCUUCGAGCCGCGUUUCAGUCACCUCUCAGUAGCAUCGCACAGAGAUCUAGCAGCAUGUGAUAGUAGGUUAAUGCAAGUACCGAUAUAUGACGAGAGUACUUUAACUUUGAUAUGCAUGCCGAGGAUGCUUGCUGUUUUCCUUCUUAUGGGAGGUCGAGGGCUUUUUGUGUUUUUGGGUCCGACCUUGAACGUCGCUGCCUUCUCUCUGUGCGCAUCAAAGGCGCGCCGACCCAGCGGACGACUUUACUCUACGUUUUGUUACAAUCAAGUGCCUGGGAAUUGUAGUUUUAAGCCUGGCAACGCAUAUUGGAUCCACACGUGGAAGCAAAGCCAGUUGGUGAUGCGCUGCAGUUUUUCUUUGCAAAAAAAAGAACCAAAAAAAAUGUGUAUAUAAAAAAAACUAAACAGACACGUCCGUCCAUAAGGUAACCCUAAGCUCAGUGGGUGUUUGUGCUAUUUGCCUGUAAAUAUUGUGUAACUAUGUGAUGCCACUGAGGCAGUGGAAGAUGCUGAUCCCUCCCAAUGACCUUUGACUGUGACAUAGAGAGGGACUUUACACCGUAUUUCAUUUGCUCACAGCUGAGCGAAGGGUUGUUGUUGUUGUUCCCAAAACGAGAUCCAAAGGAGUUCUGACAGAAGGAGAUGAAUCAUUUGUGUCUUGCAUCGUGACAUUUUUUGAAAAAUGAAUGCAGGCUACCUUACAGUGCUUUGCGUUAUUUUUGCAACAGAGCUAGAGAACAUAGAGCUGAGUCACACAUUUGUCUCUACAUCUUUAGCUUUAAACAUAUAUAUUUUUUUUAUUAAAGAUGUAAUCAUUAAAUUCACUUUAAGUAAACAUUUGGCAAACCAAAAUCCUAUAUUUAUGAUUCUAUUCGGGCUGCAACAAAUUCUAAUGAAACCGAAUCGUUUAACAAUAAAAUAUCAGUGGAUAACAAACUUUAAUCAAUUCCUUGCUGUUGGGCGCAGAAUGGUUGUAGACAUGCUGGAUGUUUUUAUCUGUUGGUUGAAUACAGAGUGGAUGCAAGAGGAGGAUGAUGAUGAUGGGGGUGAAAGAAAUAGACAAUUAAAGUGUGAGCGGGAGAACACGUGUUUGUGUGUUUGCACGAUACAGAUGUGGAAGGAAGAGCAGGCUUUCAGAUAUCUCUUUUCCUGCUGUGCAGGAACCUGUUAUUUGAAGUAUUUUUUUAAUCAGAACACAUUGUCAAGGAAGUGAUUUUCUUUUCUUUUCUACCAUUUAUACUUUUUGUGUGUUCCAAAUAUUUACAUUUUAUUUUGUGGAAGGGAAAAAGUGAAGUAAAAAAAAAACAUUGAAAAGUGAAUAGUCGGCACUCAUCCAUUUAAAAUGUCGAGACGUCGGAGAGUCGUCCUAUUCUGCUGUUCCAUCUCAUGAAUUCACCAUUCGGUACCCCCGUGCGUGUGUUUGAAUGCUGUUGCCAUGACGCCUACAUUGCGUUGCUCAUUCAUCUCUGUCUGUUGUUGGCGAGAAAAAAAAAAAUCAAAAGCAGAAUCGUGUGCCGCUGUUCUUCAACUGACACUUGAAAUAAUGUGAAAUUUGCAAAAAGCUGAUGUAGGUUUUGUGUGUUUGACUAAUACUCAUUUUUUAUUUUUGUUUCUCUGGGCUUUGAUCAUUGGAGAUCCAGUCAGAAGUAGCUGAGCAAAGAGGCCUGCUGUGCUUUGUGUUUUCAUCCAUCGUUAUACUGCUGUGUGUGUGUGUGUUUGUGUGUGUGUGUGUGUGCGAGAGAGAGAGAGAGAGAGACAGACAGAGGGAGUGAGAUGUUGUGUUCUUUUUCUCUCUUCCGGUCUUUGACUGUUUAUAUCUGUGUAAAUAUACUCUCACCUGUUCAUGCGCGCAACACGGUCAAUAAACAGAAGCCUGUGCUGUUUUUGAUUCAA